AGUCCCGACUGGCUAAGUGAGGCGCUUUCCUGCGCUCUAAGAGACAAAGGCGAGAAGAAGCAAAGCCGAGGAGAUUAGAAGUGGCGAGUGUCGAGCGCAGAAUUACCAGGUAGAAAGGAGCCUCUUUCCCAGUUCACGUGGUGAUGCAGUGAAGUGUUUACCAGCCUCCAUGUAAGGAGGGAAUCUUUAAAAGAGAAGACACUUGGUGGUUUAGAGAGAAGCGUUUCCCACAGAACAUGGCCUCUGCCAAAGAGGACAGCAUGGAUCAAAGAGUGGCCAGCAUUAAAGAAGAGGACUGUGAGUGGGGUCCACCCCAGGAUUUGUGCGUGAAGCUGGAAGAGUGUGAAGUAAGAAUUUCUGGUGUUAAAGAGGAGGAGUCCAAGGGGGAGAUUGUCCAGGUUAAAGUGGAGGAUUCAAACGAGUUCUCAGCGAGUCCUGAACUGCAAACGUUCAAAGCUGAGAAGAUUUUCAAACUGGAGUCUUAUUCCAGUUCAGGGCCCCAGUUCACUAAUAAGGCAGACCCCGUGGAAGUGAAAUCUGAGCUCUCUGAGUUUGAGGAGAAAAUGACUGAAGGAAACAGGAGAGAAGAAGAGCAGCAGCCAUUUAGGAGUGUUGGAAUAAAUUUUCAAGGUCAUGGCUACUUAUCCCCAACAUCAUUUGCUCAGAAUUUUCCACAGCACAGACCCGGAAAGGAGCUACAUGAUAAGAAUACAAAGGAAUUGAAAUUUGGGUCAAAUGUUAAGGUGCCAGCAUCUUUGCAAAAUGUCUUCCCAACAGACGUUACACAAUCGAGAGCAGACAUCAUCAACACUCACCAGCAGAUGGAAAUGCCUGCUCCAGUGCUUUUAGUUAUCUCCCAGGAAAAUGGAGAGAAACCUCACUGUAAUAUUGAAGAUAUCCUGAGUGUACAAGAAGAACAGAAGCCACAUUGCUGUCCUGAAUGCAACCAACAAUUCUCGGACGAGGUUGAUCUUGAAGGACACGUUAAAAUUCACAUUGGUGAGAAGCCUCAUUCCUGUUUAGAAUGUGGCAAACGAUUUUCACAAGUAAGCCAUCUCCAUAGUCACAAACGAAUUCACUCUGGAGAAAAGCCGUAUUCCUGUUCUGAAUGUGGCAAACGCUUCUCACACACAAGCAAUCUUAAGACACACAAAAUAACCCACUCUGCGGAGAAGCCAUAUUCGUGUGAUGAAUGUGGCAAACAAUUUGCCCAGUUUUCCUAUCUUCAGAAACACAAGCGAAUUCACACUGGGGAAAAGCCACAUUGCUGUUCAGAAUGUGGCAAAACCUUUUCCCGCAUUAACAAUCUUAAGGCACAUGCAAGUGUUCAUACUGGCGAGAAGCCGUAUUGCUGUUCUGAGUGUGGAAAAAGAUUUUCACAAAUUAGAUACCUUAAUUCGCAUAAGAGAAUUCACACCGGCGAGAAACCACAUUGUUGCCCAGAGUGUGGCAAACGAUUUUCAUUUUUCAGUGAUCUUCAAAGACAUUCAAAAGUUCAUACUGAAGAAAAACCAUUCUGCUGCGCUGAGUGUGGUAAACGAUUCUCAAGGCUAAGUUAUUUUAAGACGCACAUGAGAAUUCACACUGGCGAGAAGCCAUAUUGCUGUUCUGAAUGUACUAAAUGUUUCUCGUGUCUGAAUGCUCUUCAAACACACCGACGUAUUCACACUGGAGAAAAACCAUAUUCCUGUCUUGAAUGUGGCAAACGAUUCUCUCAAAUAAGCCAUGUUAAAAUACAUGCACAUGUCCAUGCCGGAGAUAGGCCUCAUUGCUGCUCUGAAUGUGGCAAGCGGUUUUCCCUAAUAAGCCACCUUCAGAGUCACAUUAGAAUCCACACUGGAGAGAAACCAUACUGCUGUUCUGAAUGUGGCAAACGAUUCUCUCACCUUAGCCACCUUAAGAGACAUAUGAGCAUACACACUGGAGAAAAGCCUCAUUGCUGCUCUGAAUGUGGCAAACGGUUUUCUCAACUUACUGAUCUCCAGAAACAUCAACGGGUACACACUGGUGAGAAGCCAUACAGCUGUUUAGAAUGUGGCAAACGAUUUUCACAAAUGAGUCAUCUUCAGAAUCACAAAAAAAUUCACACGGGAGAGAAGCCAUUUUGUUGUUCUGAAUGUGGCAAACAAUUCUCACAAGUAAGUAAUCUUAAAAGACACACAAGCGUUCACACUGGGGAGAGGCCUCACUGUUGUUCUGAAUGUGGGAAGCGAUUCUCACAAAUAAGCCAUCUUCAGAUUCAUUCCCGAAUUCACUCUGGAUAGAGGCCAUAUUCCUCUUCUGAAUGUGAACAGAAGAGCAAACACCGGGAAGGAAAGAAGAGUUUAACACAGAACAUGGCCUCGGAGAGAGACGAGAGUGUAGACGAGAGACUGGCACGCAUCAAACAAGAGGACUGUGAGUGGGGGGCCCCAGCGGCUUUGUGUGUGAAGCUGGAGGAUGGCGAAGAGGGAGUUUCUGCCGUCAAAGAGGAGACUGUUGACAUUAAAGUCGACGAGUCGGAAGAUUUCCUCGUUGGUCUCGGGCAGCACAAGCAGGAAUCUGGGAGUAUUUUCAGGCCUGCUCAUUCAUCUGAAGGGUCCCAUUCCAGUUCACAGCCUUGGUUCAAUAAUACGGGACAGCUGCCUGCCCAGCAGAACUCUCUGAAUCUGAAAUCGGAGUUUGAAGAGAACGUCACUGACGGAAAUGAAGAGCAGCAGUCGUCUGGGAGUGUUGGGAUACAUUUACCCGAGAGUGACAGCCUCUCCAUAUCUUCGUUUGUUCAGAUGUCCUCUCAAUGCAGAGAGCAACACACUGAGAAAAUCCAGAAAUCAACAAGUGGAUCCGAAAAUUUGACAGGAGCCUCUGUCCAGUGCAAUUCUGGAAACCAAACACAGACAGAAGCUAUCAACGCUGAUCAACAAGAAGUUUAUGAACAGGUCCAAAUUCACACGGGAGGAAAAUGGCAUUGUUUGAAAUGUGACAAGCAGUUCUCAAACGGAAGGAAUCUUAAUAUCCACAUGAGUGUUCACACUGGAGAGAAACCCCACUGCUGCUCAGAGUGUGGUAAACGAUUCUCUCAAACGUGUACUCUUCGGGUCCACCAAAGAAUCCACACCGGAGAAAAGCCUUAUGCUUGUUCUCAAUGUGGCAAGAAGUUUUCUACCAGUAGCAGUUUUUGGAGUCACACAAAACUUCACACUACAGAAAACCCCUAUUGCUGCUCUGAAUGCGGUAAAAGCUUCUCCAGUGACAGCAAUCUUUACAAACAUGUACAACUUCACACUGGAGAGAAACCUUAUGGUUGUACUGAAUGUGGGCGACAGUUCUCACAAGCAAGUCAUCUCCAGAGUCACAUCAGAAUUCACACUGGAGAGAAGCCACACUGUUGCCUGGAAUGUGGCAAACGAUUCUCGCAUGUCAGUACUCUUUAUAAACAUAGGCAAAUUCACACUGGCGAGAAACCUCAUUGCUGUUCUGAAUGUGGGAAAAGAUUUUUCCAGAGAGGCCACCUACGAGAACACAUCAGAGUUCAUACUGGAGAGAAACCUUAUCGGUGUUCAGAAUGUGGUAAACAAUUCUCAAGCAGCACUAGGCUCUGUAGUCAUAAAAUAAUUCAUACUGGUGAAAAGCCUCAUCACUGUCCUGAAUGUGGCAAGCAUUUCUCAAAACUCAAUAAUCUUAAUAUUCACAUGAGAGUUCACACUGGAGAGAAACCCCAUUGUUGCUUAGAAUGUGGCAAACGAUUCUCAUACCUCGGAAGUCUCCAUCAACAUCGAGGAAUUCAUACUGGAGAGAAGCCUUUUUGUUGUUCUGAAUGUGGUAAGCGAUUCAAAACCAGCACUGGUCUUCGUAGCCAUAAGAAAAGUCACACUAAUGAAAAAACACAUCACUGUUCUGAAUGUGGCAAACACUUCUCUGACAUGAACAGUCUUGAUAUUCACAGGAGACUCCACACUAAAUCCCAUUGCCUGUUCUAAGUGUGGCAAACACUUUUCCUACUGGAAAGAGUGAAGGAAAGCCUUAGUGCUGUUUUGGAUGACGUAGAGGAUUCAAAUCUUAAUGAGUUCACAACUCUCUAAAAGUUCAGAGUGGGGAAAAGACUUAUGGUACUGAAUGUGGCAAAUGCUUUUUAGACAUCAAGCAACUUUAGAUUCACAUCUGAAUUCACGGUUCAGAGAAACACAGAGUAAUCUGAAAGAUUUCAGACAGGAGGGAAACCUUGUUGUUGUCAUUGAUGUGGCAAACUGUAGCCAUAAAACCAUUCCUACAGGUGGCAAACCUCAUUGCUAUGGUGAAUGUGGCAAGGCGUUCCUAGACAACAGUGACAUUCAUAACCAUAAAAUUAUUUAUACUGGUGAUAAACUGCAAAGUCUUCUUAAUGUGGUCAGCAAUUCUCUUGUAUCAGCCAUUGUCAGAAACACAUAAGAGCAGGAACGGAAGGAGCAACUAUCUAAAAUGUAGAGAUAUGCCACACAUGGGACAAAACAAUGAGCAUUUUGGGAUCCAUGGGGCUAUUGAAAAGGAACUUCCAGGCCCACCUUGGUAUCCUCUCAAUCUCCAUUACCCCAUACAAAUUACAAAAGGAAACUUGACUAGGAACGAUGCAGGUGCUACAUGGAGCAUCAACAGGAAUGACAUUCUCAAAAAAACAGGGCUGUAGUGUUGAAGCUAACGAGUGAAGUUCAUGUCUGCAUGCUUGUAUGUGCUCCAAACCUCUCUGGAGAAAAUAACCUCCACAAGAAACCAUACUGUUGUUGUGAAUGUGGCAAACGAUUCUCAUAAAUAUGCAGUUUUUCAGAGUUCCAGAAGAAUAUAUCAGACUCGAGAAACACUUUGACGUAUGUCAUCCAAACAGGAGCUGGUCUUGGCAUUAACGCUAUGACAUAACAUACUAAAUAGCGGAAAACAAUAUCUAGCAGCAGUACUGUAAUAGGAUGACAGCACCUUCUAAAGGAAUAAAGCUGAAAGGUUUCAGUGAAAUAAAUUAAAGAUACAGACGUACAAUAAGAUCGAGUUCACAGAGUGGUGCAAACUAACUAGAAGUACCGAUAACAAGCUUGAAAGAACUCUUUGGUGGGGUUACAGCUGAAUAUGUUUGUUUAGUAGCUGAAUAUCUACAGGAAAGAGUGAACCAGUUCUGAGAUGUUAAUCUGGUAACUAAAGGGUGUUCUAGGUGAGUCGAGUCUGCAGUGGUCUUACUUACUGUAUUCAUAAUCCUGGUGUGAAAGAAAUCAACACAUCAAUUAAAGAAAGAAACAUUUCCUCUACUAGGAUGAGUUUAAUAAAAAAAAAAGAAAAACUAUUGGUGUGCAGGAAUCAGGCAGGAGGAAACGUCGCCAUUGCACCUUUAAGUUAGUCCUCAGCAAAUGCUGAAGAGGGAGCAUCCAUUACAGUAGUCUCUUUCAGAAUGACCAAAAUAAAUAGAUAGUUUGGUUCCAUAUUCUGAGUGAAAGAAGCGCAAUUUGAUGUGUCAAGGCUUGAUUAUUUACCAAUGUAGGAUGUACUUCAAGAUGGAGAAGGUGUAUCUACUGUACAAAUGAACAGUAUUGAUACACAAAGUAAGGUUUGGGGCUGCCUCCUGUAUACUUGAAAGUCGGCUGCCAAUGCAAAAGGUUGAGAAAAAUGGUCUUUAGAGACAUAAAGUCCACAACUGAACUGAAGUAAUAGUACAGGUAAGUUGUUUUAAAGUCAAUCAGUAGAGGAACCGGAAGCGAUGUGCUGGGAGCUAGAUGGAAUUUCCCACAUUUGUGUCUGCGGGGAGAUGAGAGAAAGGAUCAGUGCACUCUGCCACCCACUGGUCCAACUGGGAAUGAGCUUCUUUUGAACGCUUUAGCUGCCUUCCACGCACAUGUGUGUGACAAUACAUAGAUAGAUAGAUAGAUAGAUAGAUAUGAAAAGCACUAUAUAAUAGAUAGAUGGAU